AUGGGAUCUGUCCAAGAAUCUAUGCAGAACACGUCUGAUCCAUCAGAGUGGCUACAGACUCAACUGCCACCCAUAUACCAGCUGGACUCCAUGCUCAGGUGCCAUAUUUGCAAGGAUCUCAUGAAAGCACCGGUGAUAACAGGCUGUGACCAUUGUUUCUGCUCUGCCUGCAUACGAAGAGCUUUGAGUACCAAAGCGCAAUGUCCUUUAUGCCAAGAUGAACAGUACGAGACACAACUGAGAAAGGUGUUGUUACUUGAUGAGACUAUCGCUUGGUUCAGCAAGUGGAGAUCAGAAUUACUCGAGAAGGUGAAACUUGUCCAACCUACAGAGACGGUUGAUAUGUCGAAAACAGACUCCUCCGGUGCCACCUCGUCCCAGAGCCGAUCAGUCUCCUCUUCCGUCCCCAGUGAUAAACCCAUCACUCAGUAUUUUUACAAAUCCCGAAAGGGUGAGCAACAGAAAGCAAAAGCAAAGGUUUCUGCUGAACUAGUGGAGUGUCCCAUUUGUUCUGAUUUCAUGACGCUCGAAGAGUUGCAAGGAAGCCACAUUGACGAGUGUUUGAGUGAUCCCAGUACCGAGCCCAAACCUACUAACACACCGGCAUUUUCAAGCGGAUUUUUCACUGCACCCUCACCAAAGCAGUCACCACGGAAGCAGCAGCAGCGGAUGCCAUUAGUGGCACCAAAGACGUACAAGUUUGACAUGGAUAAACCUCACCAGACUCAGGCAUCCGGCUACGCCAACCUUUCAAGAAUGCCCAAACUGGACUUCAACUCACUCUCCACUACAAAACUGCGGGAGAGACUCAACACUUGGGCUAUACCAGUCUCGGGCUCGAGACGUCAAAUGGAAAGACGCUACAACGAAUACAUGAUUCUCUAUAAUGCCAACCUGGACUCCCGCAACCCCGUUCCGGUCAAGGUAUUAUUAAACAAACUAUGGCAAUGGGACGCUUUACAAAAUGGAACUCCUGAGGACACAGAGUUGGAUGCAGAGGCCAAAAAGGACAGCAGGGAGGCGAGAAUGGAGAGGAAGCGUUGGAGAAAGGAACACCGGAAUGACUAUGCAGAUCUGAUUCAACGAGCGAGAGAAAACGCCAAAAAGGUGAAGACAACUGAAGACUAUAGUGAUAAUACUAUUGGUGAGUCAAAUGGUGAUCUCAAGGCAACAGAAGUGGAAGAAGUUGAAGAAGAGCCGCUCUUCGUAGAUGGAACAUAG